AUUUCCCUCCAAACUUGUUGGUUUGGGCGAACUGCGUCCCUGCGGGGGAGUAUUUUGAGUUUGAACCAGCAGCAGGUGCACGUUCAUCUCUGAAGGUCACAGAAACUCACUGCAAACUCGUCAAGUUCAUCCAAGAUUCCCUCAGGUUCUGCAAAGCUGACGUUUCAGGCAACCCGCUCUGCAUCUCCAUGGCAACAAGCGAGGAUUUGUUUGCUCAAGAAGUUACUCAGUAGUUGGAGAGAAACUCGGAUGGUGGAAAUAAAGCAGCAGUCGGAGACGGCGGAGUGAACAGUAACCCGAAAGCAAGCAGACACAGAUCAGGCUGUAAAAUAUUCCUCAGGUUGGACUUGAGGAGUUUACAGCGAUCAGGAAAAGAUGCACAUUGAUGGUUCUUAUAGGAGAAUCUGGGGUCGGAAAAAGCAACCUGCUUUCCCGCUUCACCAAAAACGAGUUUAGCCACGACAGCCGCACCACCAUCGGGGUGGAGUUCAGCACAAGGACAGUGCAGCUCAACAGCUUCACCAUCAAGGCCCAGAUCUGGGACACGGCCGGGCUGGAGCGGUACCGGGCCAUCACCUCUGCGUACUACAGAGGCGCCGUUGGGGCUCUUCUGGUGUACGACAUCACCAAACACCUGACGUACGAGAGCGUGGAGCGGUGGCUGAAGGAGCUGUUUGACCACGCCGACCCCCACAUCGUGGUAAUGCUGGUGGGCAACAAGACUGACCUGGAGUCAGAGAGAUCUGUGCCCUCUCAGGAGGCCAAAGACUUUGCAGAUAAGAAAGGCCUGAUGUUUCUGGAGACGUCCGCUUUGGAAUCCACAAAUGUAGAAGCAGCGUUUAACAGCGUCUUAGCAGAGAUUCACAGAAAGGUGAGCAGCAAAGAGGUGAUGCGAGGCCCCAUCAGCGCUGUAUCACUCAACAGCUCCCGAUCGGAGAGCACGGAGGAAAACAGACCCUGCUGCAGGAACAUCUGACCAUGAUGCCCCUCUACCUGUCGAGGAGCAGCCUUGGAUGCAGAAAUGAAUGUUUUUUUAGGGACUGCUUCCUGAGCGACAAGCUGCUGGUACGGCACAGUGACAGCUGAAAUGUGAGUGGAUGACAACUCUCAGGAAAAACAACCUAUGCAAAAAAGUGAUGUGAUUUCUCAUCAAAUCUGCAGCUUGUUGACAUUACAUGCACUGAGUGAGGAUAAGACAGAUUUUACUUCUUUUGAGGAAUAAAGAUAUAAUGAAAAUGAAA